AGAACUUAAUUUGUUGCAGGGAAAACCGAGCACAUUGAAAGGAGUCGUAGCAAUAAAUUCUUAGAAGCCAUUUUCGACAAGAACUGGGACACUGUAAUGAAAUUGUUAGAGGAAGGUCAGCCUCAUGAAAAAGGUCUACAAUUUUGUGGUCAAGGAUGUAGCCUCCUUGAUUUGGCAAUUAUGGUAUCAGGUGAUGUGGAGGUGGUUAAGAAACUGGUGCAGAGAAUGUCCGAAGAAGAAGUCUUGUCCCAAGAUGAACAUGGUAGCACAGCUCUUGCUUUUGCUGCCUACUGUGGAGCAACAGACAUUGCAGAAUGCUUAACCUUGAAGAACAAGAAAUUGCUUACCAUACCAGACAGAGAAGGAAUGGUUCCAGUGGUGCGAGCAUGCUUCCAAGGCUUCAAGGGAACAACACUCUAUCUCUACUGUCAGACUCUGGAAUUCCUAGCUCCGGAGAAUGGCGAGCAUGUAUUCCAGUUUUUGUCUUUUUGUCAUCGCAAUCUCGGCUUCUUUUUGAGAUUUUGCGUUCAACUUAUGGGCCGGGAAUCUUUCGCAGGAAGAGAUUCUCCAUGAAAGAGUAUUUGGUCACCCAUGCCUCGAAGCAAUAUUUGGGAAAGCCACACAUCAAAAAUAAUUCGCUCAGGAAAUUUAUAUUUUUCGACGCGAAGAAUUUCUAAGGAAAAUAUCAUCCAUAAUGAGGAAAUCUACAAGGAAACCUAUGAAGAGGAUUGAAGAAUUAGGACAUUCAAUCACAUUAGUGAUUGAUUGAUUAAAUAAUACAUUUGAUUCAGCAUU